GUGUGUAGGUGCGGGAUAGGGCGGGAGGUGACGGUCCCGGCAUGGAGAAUGGCUGCGCUCCUGUUGCAGCUGGCGGUGCUCGGCGCGGCGCUGGCUGCCGCAGCCCUUCUACUGAUUUCCAUCGUUGCAUUUGUAACUGCUACAAGAAUGUCCCCGCUUUAUCAACAUGAAGAAGAAAAGUUCUUUUUAACUGCCAAAGGCCAAAAGGAAGCUUUGCCCAGCAUAUGGGACUCCCCUACCAAGCAGCUCUCCGUCGUCGUGCCUUCAUAUAAUGAAGAAGAACGGUUGCCUGUGAUGAUGGAUGAAGCCCUGGCCUAUCUAGAGAAGCGACAGAAACAAGAUCCUGCGUUCAGUUAUGAGGUGAUAGUAGUUGAUGACGGCAGUAGAGACCAGACAUCACAGGUGGCUUUUAAAUAUUGCCAGAAGUAUGGAAGUGACAAAGUACGAGUGAUAAAACUGGUGAAAAAUCGUGGGAAAGGCGGAGCUGUAAGAAUGGGUGUUUUCAGCUCUCGAGGCGAGAAGAUCCUCAUGGCGGAUGCCGAUGGUGCCACAAAGUUUCCAGAUGUAGAGAAAUUAGAAAAAGGACUAAAUGACCUACGGCCCUGGCCUGAUCAAAUGGCUAUUGCAUGUGGAUCUCGGGCUCAUUUGGAAAAAGAUUCAAUUGCUCAGCGUUCUUACUUCCGUACUCUUCUCAUGUAUGGAUUCCACUUUCUGGUGUGGUUCCUUUGUGUCAAAGGAAUCCGGGACACACAGUGUGGGUUCAAAUUAUUAACUCGAGAAGCAGCUUCACGGACGUUUUCAUCUCUGCACAUUGAGCGAUGGGCAUUUGAUGUGGAAUUACUCUACAUAGCACAGUUCUUUAAAAUUCCCAUAGCAGAAGUUGCUGUCAAUUGGACUGAAAUUGAAGGUUCUAAAUUAGUUCCAUUUUGGAGCUGGCUACAGAUGGGCAAGGACCUACUUUUUAUACGACUUCGAUACCUGAUUGGUGCCUGGAAACUUGAGGAAUCCAGGAAAAGGAAUUAGGUUGUUACUAGUCUUUGAUUGUAUUCUUAUGCAUCAAUGUCACAUUUCACUUGAAAUUAAACUUUUAAAUAAAGCUGGAAUAUGCCUAUGUUCA